GGCAGGAUGGUGUUUGAGUCCCUGGUCGUGGACGUCCUGAACCGUUUCCUUGGCGACUACGUGGUGAAUGUGGACAGCUCCCAGCUGAAGCUGGGCAUCUGGGGAGGAGCUGUUGCACUGAAGAAUCUGGAAAUAAAAGAAAAUGCACUGAGUCAGUUGGAUGUGCCAUUUAAAGUUAAAGCAGGACAUAUUAGUCAACUUAACCUACAGAUUCCAUGGCAAAACCUUUAUACUCAACCAGUAGAAGCAGUUCUUGAUGGAGUUUAUUUGCUUAUUGUGCCCACAGCCAGCAUAAAAUAUGAUGCUGAAAAAGAAGCUAGGCAGCUCUUGGAAGCAAGACAAAGGGAAUUGCAAAGAAUAGAAGAAGCAAAGCAGAAGAUAGCUGACCAAGAUAAAGUAAAGGAAGAGAAACAAGACACUUUUGUAGAAAAGCUAGUUACUCAGGUCAUCAAAAAUCUUCAGCUGAAAAUUUCCAACAUCCAUAUUCGCUAUGAAGAUGAUAUCACAAAUCGUGAUAACCCCUUGUCAUUUGGGAUUUCACUUCAGAAUCUAAGUUUGCAGACCUCAGAUAAGAAUUGGAAUCCAUGUUUACAUGAUGAAACUGCCAAGUUGUUCCACAAGCUUGUGCGACUAGAUAACCUUUUUGCUUAUUGGAAUGUGAAAUCAGAGAUGUUCUACCAUGGUGGUUGUGAUGAAUCAUUGGUUAAUUUAAAACAGGGAGUUGCCAGUCACAACGUGAUUCCAGACGGUUAUGAUUUUGUAUUCCGCCCAAUUUCAGCUAAAGCCAAACUCCUUAUGAAUCCUCGAUCUGAUGUUGACUUUUCAUCACCGAAAAUAGAUUUAGAUGUUAAUUUACAGGAUAUAACUGUGGAAUUCAAUAAGCCACAGUACUUCAGUGUUAUGGAGCUUCUUGAGUCUAUUGAUAUGAUGACUCGAAAUCUGCCAUAUAGGAGGUACAGACCUGAUGUUCCAGUGCACAGCAAUGCCAAGAUAUGGUGGAAAUAUGUUCUUGAUGGCAUCCUUGAAGUAAAUGUUCGACCUAAACUCCAAAUGUGGUCGUGGGAACAUAUUUCACAUCAUAGGAAGCAAGUGAAGAGCUAUAAAGAGAUGUAUAAAACAAAGAUAACUUCAAAAAAACCUAAUGAAGAAAUCUUAAAAGUAUUGGAAGAAUUCGAAAAGGCCUUGGAUAUUUUUAACAUCACUCUAGCAAGGCAACAAGCAGAAGUUGAGGCAACUAAGGCUGGAUUGAAAAUCUACAGGCCAGGAGUAAAACAAGAUGAUGAAAAUUCUGGUGGCUGGUUUAGCUGGAUAUGGAGCUGGUCGGGUGAAAAAAAGCAUGAAAACCAAGAAAUAAAGGGUUCAAGUCUUGAAGAACUGAUGACACAGGAAGAGAAGGCUAAACUUUAUGCAGCAAUUGGAUAUAGUGAAACAGCUGUUGAUCCAACUCUUCCAAAAUCUUAUGAAGCCAUGAAGUUCUCUGUGAACUUACUAAGCAUGUCGAUAUCAAUAAGAGAAAACAAGCAAACUCCUAAGCUAAUAGAAUUUGCAUUAACUGACUUGAGUACAGUGUUUACCCAACGACCAGGUGCACAAGCAAUAAGGUUUGAAACAAAAAUUACCUCACUUGAAGUUACAGGUGUGUCUCAAGAAAAGUGUACACCCCGUCUGCUGUCUUCUCGAACAGUCUAUUCAGAUGAAAGUACCUCACUUUUAAGCAUAAUGUUUGAGACUAAUCCUUUGGAUGAGAAAGCAGAUCAGAGAAUUAGAAUAGAAUCACAACCACUGGAAAUAAUAUAUGAUGCAACAACAGUAAAUAGCUUAGUGGGUUUCUUCAGACCUCCGAAAGACGUACAUUUAGAGCAAUUGACAUCAGCAACUCUGAUGAAACUUGAAGAAUUUCGUGAAAAAACAUCAACAGGUUUGUUGUAUGUUAUUGAAACUCAGAAAGUUCUUGACCUCAAAAUAAACCUCAUGGCUUCAUAUAUCAUUGUUCCACAAAAUGGAUUCUAUGAUCAUACAUCAAAUUUACUACUUCUGGAUCUUGGUAGUUUUAAAAUGACAAGCAAAAGUCGUUCUGAUUUAUCACAAAUCAAAGUAGGACAAACUUCUAUUGAAGAUAUAAUGUCAAGAGCUUAUGACAGUUUUGAUGUCCAGCUCAGCAGUAUGCAGUUACUGUACAGCAAACAUGAUGAGAACUGGCGAGAAGCUCGGAAGCUGAAAAAUUCACCUCAGUGUAUCUUGCAGCCCUUGGAUGUAAAACUGGAAUUUAGCAGGGCUAUGGUUGUUACAGAUGCACGAAUGCCUAGGUUCAAACUGUCAGGACAGUUGCCUUUGCUUUCCAUCCAAAUAUCGGACCAGAAGGUGACAAGUAUCUUGGAGCUAAUUGAUAGCAUUCCUAAGCCAGAAAGUGCCCCUGCUACCAGCUCUCCUCCCAAAGUGACUGAGGCUGUACUGUCCCCUAUGCUUUCAGCACCAAAUGUAUCUCAAGAUGUGUAUCCUCUUUUGGAUCUUCAUUCAUUUGCUGAGUCAGAAUCAGAAGAGGAAUUUUAUGAUGCACUAAGCAGUCCUGUGGAAGAUGUGCCAUUUUUUGAAGUCCCAGCUGAUUCCCUCAAGCAGGCUGUCAGUACAAGGCGAAAAACCCUACACAAACAAGAAUCUUUGAAAAAUAUGACAGAUUUCCAGCUGAAGUUUGAAGUAGCUAAGGUCUUAAUUAAAUUGUGCCGUCUUACUGGUGAUACUGAGGUGCCUGUGCUCCAGCUUGAUAUUUUGGGCUUAGGCACUGAACUUAAAAUGAGGACUUUUGACAUGACUGGGAAUGCUUUCCUUCGUGAAGUUGGUCUUCUGUGCCCAGAAUAUUUUGAUGAUAAUGACAAACCAGUUUACAUAAUUACUACACUGGAUAAUGUAGAAGAUGAUCUUCUCACUCUGGAGUACAUAAAGACUGAUAUUAAAGGACCAGAACUGAAAACUGUCUAUCAGAAUGUUCUACAGAAAAUAAAGGUGAACUUUUCUUCUCUAGAUGUUCAUUUGCAUACUGAAGCUCUGCUGAAUGCUAUGAACUAUUUGAAUAAUCUUCUACCUAAACAAGGAACUAAAGUUGCGGAAGAACCAGUCCAUGAAAAAACAGAGGAGAAGAAGGAUGUUCUUAAAAAAUUAACAUCAAAAAAAUCAAAGUAUGAAGAUGUUAUUGAUCUCAUUGUCUGUGCGGACUUAUCAUGUUUGAGUAUUUUUAUCCGAGAGAAAAACCAUAGAAUUGCUGAAAUUCACAUUGAAGGUCUGGAUAGCCAAGUAAUAAUGAAGAAAGCAGCAACUGAUAUGACUGCAAAAUUGAAGAACAUCAUUAUUGUGGAUUCUGAUGAGACAGCAUUGUAUAAAAAGGCUCUUUAUAUCACAGGAAAAGAAGUCUUCAAUUUCAGAAUGAUAUCAUAUGUGAAUGCUACAGAUGGCAUUGCAUAUACAAAUAUGGAUGUUGUUGACAAUCGUAUUUAUCUAACUGUUGGGUGUAUUCAAGUAGUUUUUGUCAACAAGUUUGUUUCAUCUAUUUUGGCUUUUAUAAAUAACUUUCAAGCUGCCAAGGAAGCUCUUACUGAGGCAACUGUUCGAACAGCCGAGAAAGCAGCUACAGGUGUAAAAGGGUUAGCAGAGCGUAGUUCCCGUUUGGCGCUAGAUAUAAAUAUCAAAGCACCUGUUGUGAUAAUUCCACAGUCAGCAAUGUCUGCAAAUGUCCUGGUGGCUGAUCUUGGUCUAAUCACGGUGAAGAACCAAUUCUUUAUUGCUAAAACAAAAACACGAUGUAGUGUCCCACCUGUUAUUGACUCUAUGACGGUGAAAUUGAGUGAACUGAAGUUAUACAGAUCUUACUAUGAGCAAGAUUCUUUGCAAACUGAAGUACAGUUGCUGCAGCCAGUCAGUCUGGAAGUAGCUGUUGAACGAAAUUUAGCUGCUGCAUGGUAUAAUGAAGUUCCUGAUAUUGAAGUAUCUGGCAGACUCAAGCCUAUGAACCUAAUUCUCAGUCAGGAAGAUAUUACCACAAUACUGAGGACACUAAAUGAAAAUGCAGGUGAAGGCUCUGGUGCAUCAACAGCUUUGCCAGAAUCAAAAGCAUCAGCUAGUCAUUCUAGUGAAAUGCAUAGUACUUCUCAGCACUCUGCAGGUGUAACUGUUGUGACAUCAGCUGUGGUGGAAUUGCAUUCACCUGUGAAAAUAAAAACAACACUAAAGCUGGACUUCAGAUUUGACUCUCUGACAUUAGUGUUGUAUAGUCCAAAUUCAAAGCAGGUUAACACUUUGGAUCAGAGAGAUGACCUUUUGAAGCUUGCAGAGUUUAAAUUAGUUCUCAUGUCAGCUGCUCUGAAAAUGCUAUCAGAUGGUUCAAUGAAUGCUUCAGUCAAACUGGCAAAUUGUACAUUAGAUGAUAAAAGACAGUCUAUCCAGAAGGCCACACCAAGAAUGGUGGAAAUGAAACAUGGAUUUGAAAAAAAGGUUAUGGUGGAUGUAAACUACAAACAGGGGAGAGAUGGCACUGUUCUUGAUGUUAUUGUUCAAGAGAUAUACCUUUGUGCAAGCAUGGAGUUUCUACUUACUGUAGCAGAUAUAUUCCUAAAGGCUAAAGCAGAAAGUGCUGCUGCGCAGGGAAAUCUCAAACAGUCAUUGCCUGUAAAGGACCAAGCAUCUGUGCAGCCUGUAUCUACGAUGGAGAUGAACAUUGUUGUUAAAAAUCCAGAGAUUGUGUUUGUGGCUGAUUUAACAAGAAGUGAUGCUCCUGCCUUGGUGGUUACAACACAGUGUGAGGUCUUCAUUAAAAGUAGCCCUGAAAGGUACAACAUGACAGCUGCUGUUAGAGAGAUACAGAUGAAAGCAUGCCCAUUUCUUCCAGAAGAAAGGAAAGAGAACAUUACUACGGUAUUGCAGCCUUGUGACUUCUUCUUUGAAAUGAAACAGUCAGGUACUAAUCCACAGAUGGCUGAUCUGACCAUUAAAUCUCUAACAGUAGAAGUUUCACCAAUAAUCAUAAACACAGUAAUUACUAUUACAUCAGCCCUUUAUCAAACUACGGAAACAACAAAUGAAGAGAUUAGUCAAAUUCCUCCGGAUUUAUGGAAUAAGAAAGAUAUAAAAAAUCUGAAAUUGUGGUUUCUUGAAGAGACUAAUGAAAAUGAAGAUAAAAUUCCUAACACUGAACUGGUUCCCACAGGAGAGUCAUUGAAAAUUAAUAUAGAAUCUGUUUUUCUAACACUUGAAGCUGGAGUUGGGCACAGAACAGUGCCAAUGCUUUUAGCCAAGUCCUCAUUUGUUGGAGAAGUCAAGAACUGGAGUACUCUAAUCAACCUACAUUCUCGUCUUGAGCUGGAGGUACAUUAUUUUAAUGAGAUGUUUGGCGUGUGGGAACCUUUGCUUGAACCGCUAGAAGUUGAGAAGACUGACUUAUUCAAGCCAUGGACUCUCGAAAUCAAGAUGAAGAAGGCUAAAAAAGCACUGUUUGAAUCAGAUGAUGAAGAAGAAGAGAACUACAAAGUUCCAGAAUAUAAAACAGUAAUAAAUGUUUCCUCAAAAGACCAGCUUAACAUUACACUGUCCAAGUUAGGACUGCAGAUGUUAAGUAACUUGGGCACGGCAUUUGCUGAAGCAGCUAGUCAAACUUCAGACAUCUUCAAAAAAGACCGAGCACCAUUUGUAAUAAUAAAUUCUUUAGGAGUUCCCAUCACGGUCUCGCCUAGUGAUUCCUUUAGUGUCCUUGAUGUUAAGUUUGGAGCAAAAAUAUUUCAUUUAGAAGACAAAGAGAGUUUAAAUAUGGAAUUUGUCAGAACUAGAAAUGAGAGUGACCAGUUCACAGCAAUGACAACACUGAGUAGCAAGAGAUUUUACAUUCAGAUCUGUCCACAUAAUCAUUCUACUGUGGAAAAGAUUCCAUUGACUAAAGUGGGUCGAUGUAUCUACAAAGUGAGGCACGAGGAUUCAGGUGUUGAAAGGUCCAUUGUCAGUCAAAUUGAUACUGUUGAAGGAAGCAAGAUGAUUACGAUACGUUCCCCUGUUCAGAUAAGGAAUCACUUUUCAAUCCCGUUAAAUGUAUUUGAAGAAGGAAGAUGUUUAGGGACUGCUUCACCAGCAAAUGAAUUCAACAUUCCCUUUUCUUCUUACAGAUCCAUAUUGAGUUUGCAGCCAUUAGCCAAUGAAAACGGAGUGGGAGAAUAUGAUAUGUGUGAAGGAAUUACGUUUGAUGAAAUUAUGAAAAAUGUUGACAGUUUAUUACAAAGGAAGUGCCAAUCUGUGAGGUCAACUAACCAAUCACUUAUCAUCAAUAUUGUUCCUGUAAAAGAUUCAUUGACAACUUCAUUAGGUGCAGAAGAUGAAUGGGAUUUUCCAUACGUUGUUCAUUUAUGGCCUUCUGUUCUUCUCCGCAAUCUUCUUCCUUACCAAAUUACUUAUGCUGUUGAGGGAAAUGGAAACAAAUAUGACACUCUACAAGAAGGAUGUUCUGCCCAGAUUCAUAAUGCAGUCUUGGACCAAACCAAACUAGAUUUGCAGUUGCUUAACUACCUUGAUCAAAACUGGAGAAGCGAGUACCAUAUAAAAAGCAAUCUGCCUGAUAUCAGCUUCACAACAUUUCACUGUGUCACAGAGCUGGAUAAGACUGAACUGGAUAUUGCUGUUCAUGUGACCUACACAACUGGGCAGAUGAUAAUAGCGAUUCACAGUCCCUACUGGAUGGUGAAUAAAACUGGUCGAAUGUUACAAUACAAAGCGGAUGGUAUUCACCGCAAGCAUCCUCCAGAUUACAAAAAGCCCCUCCUUUUUUCUUUCCAGCCUAAAAACUUCCUUCAAAAUAACAAGGUGCAGCUUAGGGUAACUGACAGUGAACUGUCAGAUCAGUUUUCACUGGACACUGUUGGAAGUCAUGGUUCUGUGAAAUGCAAGAGUCAUAAAAAGGAAUAUCAAGUUGGUGUCACCAUAAACAACAGCAGUUUCAAUAUUACUAGAAUUGUAACGUUCACUCCAUUUUUUAUGAUUUCAAAUAGAAGUAAAUACACUUUGGAAGUAGCUGAAGAAGGCAAGGAAAAGUGGAUUCCCAUCGUUUUGCAACAGUGCAUUCCUUUUUGGCCUGAAAAUGAUGCCAACAAACUGCUUGUUAGAGUUGAAAAUUCUGAUCUCCCUCCAAAGAAGAUAAAUUUUGAUCAGCAAGAAAACUGUCUUUUAUUGCAUUUGGACAAUAAGCUUGGAGGAAUUGCAGUGGAUGUUAAUCUGACUGAACAUUCUACGGUGAUUACUUUUUCUAAUUACCAUGAUGGUGCAGCUCCAUUUCUGUUGAUAAACCACACCAGAGAGGAUAUUGAGUAUGGACAAAGCUCCCUCAGUGAAUUAGAAGACUAUCUUCAGCCCAAUAAGGCAGUGUUGUAUACUUGGGCAGACCCAACAGGAUCUAGGAAAUUAAAAUGGAGAUGUGGAAAUAGAACUGAGGAAAUUGGCCCAAAAGAGGACAAAAUGGACGUACUCACUCUGGAUCCUAGAAAAGUGGUCUAUUUCAUGUCAUUUUAUGAAGGUUUGCAGCGUAUUGUCCUGAUCACUGAAGAUGAGAAUGUAUUUAAAUUGACAUACGAAAGUGUAAAAGCAGAGCUAGCAGAACAACAAAUCAUUCUGUCUUUGCAAGAUGUUGGAAUUUCGUUGGUUAAUAAUUACACAAAACAAGAGGUGUCCUACAUUGGAAUCACAAGUUCUGAUGUGGUGUGGGAGACAAAACCCAAGAAGAAGUCAAGAUGGAGACCGAUGAGUGUUAAGCAAAUUGAUAAAUUAGAACAAGAAUUCAGAGAUUACAGUGAGCUGAGUCCUUCAGAAAAUAAGAUCAUUGAGCUGGAAUCUAAUGUUUUGGUAUGUUUAACUCCUAAUGGAAUGAACAUGACGAUUCAACAGCCAAAUGAGAUUCCUAUCAGAAGAAAUUAUCUGCCUGCUUUAAAAGUGGAAUACAGUUCCUCUGCACAUCAGAAAUCUUUCAGAAUUCAAAUUUACAGGAUACAAAUACAAAACCAGAUUCCUGGAGCCAUAUUUCCCUUUGUGUUCUAUCCUAUUAAACCUCCAAAGUCCAUCACCUUGGAUUCAGCACCAAAACCAUUUACUGAUGUCAGUAUUGUCAUGAGAACUGCAGGACACUCACAGAUAUCUCAUAUUAAGUAUUUUAAGGUUCUGAUUCAAGAGAUGGAUCUCAGAUUAGAUCUUGGCUUCCUGUAUGCAGUUGGUGAAUUCUUUGCACAGUCUGAUGUGCCAAGUGAACAAGAGCUACAGCUUUUCAAAAAGGAUGUUGAGUCUCUUCAAGAAGAACUAAUGAGUGUGUCAUCCAUGGAUACAUCACAAAUCAGCUUAUAUGAAUACUUCCAUAUCUCUCCAAUUAAGUUGCACUUGAGCUUUUCACUCAGUACAGGUGGAGAAGAUAGUAACAAAGAAGAAAGAAAGAAUGAGUUGAUACCAUUUCAGUCCUUGAAUCUACUGCUGAAGAGUAUAGGGGCCACCCUUACAGAUGUACAAGAUAUUCUUUUUAAGUUGGCAUUCUUUGAGCUCCAGUAUCACUUCUGUACUACACAGCAGCUCCAAUCAUCAGUUGUAAGGCAUUAUUCAAAACAGGCGAUAAAACAGAUGUAUAUUCUUAUUCUUGGCCUUGAUGUGUUGGGUAAUCCAUUUGGAUUCAUAAGAGGCUUGUCUGAAGGAGUAGAAGCUUUCUUCUAUGAACCAUACCAGGGAGCCAUCCAGGGUCCUGAGGAAUUUAUAGAAGGAAUGGCACUAGGAUUUAAAGCACUUGUAGGGGGAGCUGUGGGUGGAUUAGCAGGAGCUGCCUCAAGAAUCACAGGUGCUAUGGCAAAAGGAGUAGCUGCAAUAACUAUGGAUGAGGAUUAUCAGCAAAAAAGGAGAGAAGCCAUGAAUAAACAACCCACUGGUCUGAGAGAGGGUAUCACCCGUGGUGGAAAAGGACUAGUUUCUGGUUUUGUCAGUGGCAUAACAGGAAUAGUUACAAAACCAAUAAGAGGAGCUCAGGAAGAAGGAGCAGCUGGUUUUUUCAAAGGUGUUGGAAAAGGCUUAGUGGGAGCAGUGGCUAGGCCCACUGGUGGAAUCAUAGAUAUGGCAAGCAGCACAUUUCAGGGCAUUAAAAAGGUUGCAGAUUCAUCAGAAGAUGUGAUAAGCCUGCGACCACCUCGUUUCUUUGGUGAAGAUGGAGUUAUUAGACCCUACAGAUUACGAGAUGGAACUGGAAGUCAAAUGUUACAGAAAAUUGAAAAUGGAAGAUUUGCAAAACUCAGAUAUAUUGCACAUGCUAUGGUCAACAGUACAGAUCUGUUAAUGGUAACAAAAAGUGGUGUGUUAUUUGUGACAAAAGGGGCGUUUGGACAGCUGACAUGUGAAUGGCAAUACACUUACGAUGAAUUUACCAAAGAACCAUUCAUCGUUGAUGGUCGAAGAUUGCGCAUUGAAGCCAAGGAACGAGUUAAGUCUGUCUUCCAUGCCAAAGAAUUUGGAAAAAUUAUUAAUUUUAGAAGUCCAGAGGAUGCUAAGUGGAUCCUUUCUAAACUAGAAGAAGUACGAGAAAAUCAGCCAAAAUUGUAAUGAAUGGAGAAGCACCAAGAUAGGAAGAACACUGAACAGCUACCUUUUAAUUCCUCUUUCACAAGCAGAACUGUUUGAAUAUCAUCAACAAAAGAAAAAACAGGAGGCAGGGAAGAUUUGUCCAGUUAUUUAUUACAGUCACAACAGUCUAUAUCAGAAUAGUAGAUGAUGCUAGCUUAAAAUUAUGUAAUGAUAAACAAAAUCUGCCAAGUUUUGUCUUGGUUUGCUUCAUUUAUUUUUUUUUAAUGUAAGAAUUUCAGGUAUCAUUUUUUAUAUAAGCCGUAUAAAGUGAGUUUGUCUUAAUCUUUGAUACUGAAAUUGAACUCUGGAAUAAUUCUUAUGAUACUAUUUGGAGCAAAUCUUGCAGUUUUGAUUUGACUGUGGAAAUCAGUACAUACUUUCUCUUUUGGUUUUAAUGUGACUAGAGGCUGUGUUGAAAUACAAAUUUUUUUGUGAAAGGAAAUGUUAACUUAAUCACCAGUGUUGCAACUCAAAAUAUAAGGAGGAGGCUACUGAUCAGAGAAUUUGAAUUUAGGUCAUAAUUGUCUGCUUAGUUGACAAUACUAGGGCUUUUUAUAAAUGAAUGGACCAGAUCAGAAUUAAUUUACAGUACAGUAUCGCUUUUAGUGUAAACUUUUUUAUAUCCUACUCAAGGAAACAUUGCAGCACCUCUAUCAAUUAUUACAGAAAAUUUAACAGUUUACAAAAAUGCGUAUUGGGGAGAAUUAACUCUGCACUAAAAAUAUUAAUAAAAACCUAUUAUUUUAAAUAGAAGUUAGUAACAGUCUUGCAACUCAAGAAGGAGUUUAUGGGGUUAUAAGUGCACUGUUGCAUACCAAAUAUAAAUGCCUUGAAUUACACAAUAUUGUGUGCUGAGCAAGUGACUAUUGAAGUCAAAUUUAUAUUAAAUAAUGAAUAUAUGUCACAGAUGCUUUUAUUAACUUUUCUUACCCAAUGACACUUUGUUGUUUCAUACCCAGACAGCAGCAUUUUAUUAGCUUGAAUAUCUGCAAUUCUGUUUAUUUUUUAGAUGUAGUAGUAAUAGUAUUGUUGAAUGGCUGUUUACUGCAGUUGAUACAAAAAGUACAUGAAACUAUACAGUGUUACAUGAAGGUUUCUAUAACUUCCCAUAUCAAAGUCUUCAAAAUAUCUUGUACAUAUAGAAAGCACCUACUGCCAAAAUGUGAUUUCCAAACAAUAGUUUGGAAUAUUUAUAGCAACAGGAUAGGAUUCUAAUGCGGCUGGUGAUGCUUGAAGUAUCCAAAUUGUUGUGUUAUUAUAAAUCUAAAACAACUAGCAUGUAACCUAUAGUUGCACAUAUUUAAUUUACUGUAAGUCUUGCCAUUGGUGUUGAAUAACCAUUUAGCAGGUUACAAAAUUCAGGUAAUCUUGCAAUUUUCCCCAUAAAUUGAAUAAAAAUAUUUCAAGGGGAUGCAAAACUAUUAUAAUGAUGGUGUUACUCCAAUCAUUUUGUACACCAAGAAUAUACCAAGAGUAUUAACUCAGGUUACACCAUGCCAAAUUUCCGUACCUUGCCUUACAUAACUGGUGGUUUCAUAUGCACUGAGUUCCAUUCUUUAUCUGUCAAUUGUUUUUCAUCUGUCAUUUCUGUCUUAGGCAUGAUAGUUCAUUUAAUAGCCUCAUAAUGUUCUUGAUAAGUGUGUGAUCUCCUCUGCAUCCCUACAUUUACAGAGUACCUGCUGCAAAUUUCACUUACAAUACAUCUUGUACUUUGUACAUUCCCAUUUGUGUGUAGCUUUUCCAUUUUCCUGAUUCUAAAUAUUUUCUCUCCACAGAGCCUCUGUUUUAAUUAUUUCUUACAUUUAUUUUGCCAACAAACUCUGAUUCUGAAAUCUCAGCUGGCUCUUCAGUAAUAUUUAAGCAAUUUAACUCUUAAUGUUGAAGGAUUUAUUUUAAAUGUGCAUAUUUUUGUUUAAGCACCUCAUGUUUUGGAAAACAUAACAAUUCCCCCAGAAUGGCAUUUUUCUUAUAAACUAUAAAAUAUUUUGGUCUUCUUCUAACUAAAAGCCUUAAGACAGGGGCUAAAAUGCCCAGAAGUCAAUGUGGGACUUCUCUUCCAUGUCCCUUGGUUUCCACUUGUAAUGAAAGUGAUUUUCUAUUGGUCCUUUUUCUAGUCUGUAAUUUGUGUCUUUUGACUGUUUGAUUUUUUUGUUUGAGGGUUUUUUGUUGUAGGUUUUUGUUUUUUUUUUUCUUUUUAAGAAAGCUUUCUCUAUACAGUCAUGAAAAGAUUUCGCCAUUUCUUGGCAAACACCAGUUGUGUCCUUUAACUAUAUAUCACCCCAGGCUGAAGAGAAAGGUAUUUAAACUUGUGCCAUUGUGUAAUUUUCUGGAUUACUGCAGGUUGUAUGAGAUGUCUACUCUGCUGUGCCUCAUUCCUUAUUGCAAUAUGCAUAUUUUUUCAACAAGAAGACUGAGUAGGUGUGUUCAUUUUUAUUGAAAGUGUAUAUGCAAUGAGAAAAGGGGAUCUUGAUAAAAACUGAAAUGUAGGCAUUUAGUUCUGCCCACUGUGGUGUUUGAAAGUGUAUCUUGGCCUUUACUGAAGUGCUGAAGAACCUCUUCUCUUCUAUGACUGUUAUGUAAACUUAAUACAUUUGUGAAACAUCAUUUGGGUUCUCAGUUUGCUAAGGGUUGCAAUUACCUCUAAAAAAUUGCUGAAGCACUUGUAAGUCUGGUUGUUGCCCUUCCUUUUUGUUCAGCUGCAUGGCUUUAAUGGCAUGGCUCUCUUGGUUUCUACCCCAUCCUAUCCCCCACUUCUUAAUCUUGAAUAAAGUGAAACUGAAUUUUAGUUGACUGAAAUGUAAGUGUUGCUUGUUUUCUUUAUAUACUGCUUUAAUUGACAGAUAAUACCAUUACUUGGAAUUUCAGAGGUCAAGCCAAAUCCUGUCUCUGAGAACACAUGGUCAAACUUGUGUUGCAGCUGUCUCAGGAAAACAGAAUUAGAGAUUUUAGAAUUUACCUUUUGUUUGUUAUUUUAAAACAAGUUUUUAGUAGCUGGAUUAGCAUGUAUAAUUUCCUUUUAAAUUUUUUUUGACGGGUGUGGAGGGUUUUUUUAGCUGUUGGGUUUUUUUUUUGUGGUGGUGGGGUUUUUUGGGCUUUUUUGGGGUUUUUUUUGUUUGUUUGUUUUGUUUGUUUGUUUUUCUUCUGUUGCUGUAUUGAAAACGACAUAGUGGUGUUGCCAGAUGAUAGAAUCAUGGAAUGGUUUGGGUUGAAAGGGGCCUUACAGAUUACUUGGUUCCUGUAUGCCUGCUGUGGGCAGGGACACUUUCCACUAGACCAGGUUGCUCAGAAUCCCAUCUAACCUGGCCUUGGAUAGCUUCAGGGGUGGAGCAUCCACAACUUUCUGGGGCAGCCUAUUGCAGUGAUUUGCUAUCCUCACAGGAAGGAAUUUCUUCUUAAUAUCUUAUUCUAAACCUACUCAAUCUGAAGCCAUUCCCUCUUGUAUUGUAAGAGCACAUAGUGCUCUUGGCAAAAGUUCCUCCAGAA